CCCUCCCGGAAGUGGCCUACAGAGCGGGUGGUGAAAGUGGCAGCCGGUGGCUCCUGGGAGCGGAUCCUGCGAGGUCGCCCCUGAACCUUUUCUCCCAUUUCCUUUCGUUCCUCCGAGUCUUCUAGAUCCACGUAGUGAGGAAACGUUCCCGCCAUCAUGGGGGGCGGAGAUCUGAAUUUGAAGAAGAGCUGGCACCCACAGACCCUCCGUAAUGUGGAGAAAGUGUGGAAGGCUGAACAGAAGCAUGAGGCUGAGCGGAAGAAGAUUGAGGAGCUUCAGCGGGAGCUGCGGGAGGAGAGGGCCCGGGAAGAGAUGCAGCGCUAUGCGGAGGACGUUGGGGCUGUCAAGAAAAAAGAAGAAAAAUUGGACUGGAUGUACCAGGGUCCUGGUGGGAUGGUGAAUCGUGAUGAGUACCUGCUGGGGCGGCCCAUUGACAAAUACGUUUUUGAGAAGAUGGAAGAGAAGGAGGCAGGCUGUUCUUCUGAGACAGGCCUCCUCCCAGGAUCUAUCUUUGCCCCAUCAGGUGCCAAUUCUCUGCUAGACAUGGCCAGCAAAAUCCGAGAGGACCCACUGUUUAUUAUCAGGUACCGAUUGCAAAUGAGUCUGGAAAAAAAGGAGAAGAAGAAAAAGAAAGAUAAGAAAAAGAAGCACAAGAAACACAAGCACAGAAGCUCAAGUAGCGAUCGUUCCAACAGUGAGGAUGAGCACAGCCGGGGAAGAUCUCAGAAGAAGAUGGCAAAUUCCUCUUCUGUUUUAUCUAAAGUCCCUGGAUAUGGCUUACAGGUUAGGAACUCGGACCAUAACCAGGGACUACAGGGUCUUCUGAAGUCUGAGCAAAAGAGAGUGCAUGGGUUAAAGAACCAUUCCAGAUCCAGAAGCUCCUCCCACUCACCCCCCAGACAUACCAGCAAGAAAAGCACCAGGGAAGUGGGGUCCCGGGACAGGAGGUCUCGAUCCCCAGGGAGAAGGUCACGGUCCCCAAGGCCUAGCAAACUACAUAAUUCUAAGGUGAACAGGAAAGAGAGAGGCCACAGUAAAAGCCCAUCACCCAAAAAAGAGGUCUACCAAAGGCGGCACACUUCCGGAUACACCAGAAAACUCUCAGCAGAGGAACUAGAGCGAAAACGGCAAGAAAUGAUGGAAAAUGCCAAGUGGCGGGAGGAAGAGAGACUGAACACUCUCAAGAGGCAUGCUAAGGAUGAGGAGCGGGAGCAGCGGCUGGAGAAGCUGGACUCCCGGGAUGGGAAAUUUAUCCACCGCAUGAAGCUAGAGAGUGCAUCUACUUCCUCCCUGGAGGACCGGGUGAAGCGGAAUAUCUACUCUCUACAGAGAACCUCAGUAGCUCUGGAGAAGAACUUUAUGAAAAGAUGAAACCUGUCCCCUUUUACUGGUUUUCCUGAAAUUUUCAGGGAGGCUGCUGACCCCUUAAAACUUCUCUUUAUAAGAGUUUGAAUGACUUCUUCUGCAAAUAUCAAACCACCGCUGUUCAAAGUGACCUUCCUCCAUUGAUUCCUGAAACAGCUCACUUCCUUUGAGAACCAGUGUGACUUGCUUUAUGGGACUCUUAGUAAUGUUCGCUGGAUGCAGAGUGGGUUUUGACUGUUUUUGUGGGUGGGCACUGAACCAUCUUGGUGUGAGAAUGGAGGCUGCUUCCUGGGGUUAUACUAUUUAUUGUGCUACUUUUCUCUCACCUAUGUGGCCAGUCUGCUUCAGUAUAGACUAGACCUUUCAGAAACCUCUCUCCAGAAUUACCCAGAUAGAUUGUGCUUCCUGGGAUAGAUGAAUGUUUACCUGAUUUAGUAGAUAAUGUGACAGAAUGAUGUCAGGGCAGAGCCAAAGGGAUGACAGAGAACAUAGAGAAAACAACCCCCAAAGCCCUAAAUGAACUGUGACUUUGGACUUUGGAACUGUAAAAGUGUAAUGUAUAUAUGUACAUAU